CAGCCCCGCCCUGCAAUGGUGGGGCUUGGCCGGACCCUGGACCGGCUGUCUCCGCGCCCUGGCCCUUGUAUGCGCGGAACAGGCCCGGCUGACGGGUGCUGCGGGGGGAGUUCCAGCUUUCCCCUUCCCCGGGGCGGACCACGCUGUCCGGUGGGACUUCGCGCUGUGCUGCACGUGUCGCGUGUGCGACCCGCUGGCCACGUGUGGCCGUGAACGCGUGGCACCCGCGUUGUGGUAACCGGGGGCAGGACUUUUAUGUUUUUAGUUUGUGAUGAGUUUAAACGUGGUGGCCGCGGGCGGCUGCGGCUGCCGCACUGGGCAGUGCCCGCUUCUCAAGGAAAACGGACGGAGCAGCAGUGGAUCCCAGUCACGCUUGCGGGCUUGGCAGCGGGGAGCCGUGCGCCUCCGCCUUCAGCGGGCCUUUGCACACACGGUCGGUCGGAAGGGCGGGAAGGAGGAAGCACUUCAGUUGCGCGGGAUUGGAGCUCAGGUCUCUGGCUGCUCUACGGGGAUGACCUCCCGUGUGCUCGGUGUCCCCCGGUUUCACGGCGGAGCCCUGUGCCGGCCGUCCAUGGCCGCCGGGUGGGCCGCGUGGCUCUGCAGGGGCCUGAGCUGUGGGCGCUGGUAGGCGCGACGCUGAGUUGUCUUUUCCCUUGUUUCACACUCCUGCCGCCGCACCUGACGGGUCGGCCUCGGGGGAGUCACGCGCGCCCUCAUCUGCGGCGCGGGGCAGUGAAAGUCCGUCCUUACAGGGCUGUUAGGAGCACCCAAUGAGGUCAUCCUAAAAAUACUCAGAUCAGCGUUUUGCAGGUAGUGAGGGGGACGUCUCUAAUGCUGAUCGUUCGGCUCGUUUGUGGGGAGCUUACACGCAGUGCUCCUGACUGAGUGCGGCUCUUUUCUUUCUUUCUUUCUUUUAAAAUAUAUUUAUUUAUCUGACAGAGAUCACAAGUAGGCAGAGAGGCAGCAGCAGAGAGAGGAGGAAGCAGGCUCCCCGCUGGACAGGGAGCCCGACGCGGGACUCGAUCCCGGGACCCCGAGAUCAUGGCCCGAGCUGAAGGCAGGGGCUUAGCCCGCUGAGCCACCCAGGCGCCCCUGCGAUUGUUUGCUAAUGUUAUCUUCUGGUUGUUCACUGGGAGUGUGUAAGGACGCAAGGGAUUUUUGUGUAUUAACUGUGUAACCUGCAGCCUUGGUUAAAUCGUUUUAAUCCUCGUUCUGUAGAUUUUUCUUGGGAUUUUCUGUGGAAACAGUCAUUUUCUGCCUACCUCCCCCUUAUUUCAGUUGUUACCGCAGUGUUUACAAGACCGGGUUGCAUAGAAGGGGGAGCAUAGUGGUCCUUUCUCUGUCUCGGGGUGACAGGUCAGUCUCCAGGCAGCGUGACAGCCGCGUCGGCCCUUGGUGGAUGCCCCAUAUCAGUUUGGAGGUGUUCCCGCCUGUUCCUCAGCUGCUGCGGCAUUUCGUUUUCCCGGUCGUGGAUGGCCGUCGGCUCCAGUCACACGUGUUGAUUGCCGGUGGGAGGUGGGGUCAGACCUGCUGGGGGAAGCCUGAGUUCCAGGCCUCUGCCUCCUUGGCCCUGGCAUGGCCUGGGCUCAGCCGGGCUCCUGUCCCUGAAGGACCCCGCAUCUGUGUGCACCAGGGGUGCUGGGCUGUCGUUUCUUCGUCGGUAGUACCGGCUUCGGUGUGGGGUCCCAUGGGCCUUGUGCAGUGAGCUGGGUGGUGACCUCACUUCCGUUUUCUGAGGAAGCUCUGUGAGGUGCUGUAAGGUGGCUCCUUGUUUCUUCCGUUUCUUGCCUGAAUGCGCUCUAGGAUCUGCGAGGGAAACCGGUGGAGUCCAGCGCGCGGCCUGGGGACUGUUCUCCCGUAAGUUUCACUCUUUGGUAGACGCGGAGCUGUUGGAUUUCCUGUUUCGUUCUGUGUUUCUUGGUAAGUUGGUGUCCGAGAGGAUGCCUCCGUGGGGUUCUCUCGCCCUCUCCGCAUCGGUGCGCUGUGCUGUGAAACGCGUUUUAAAUUCCGGACAUUGAUGAUGUGUGUUCGCUGUUUUCUUGCUCGGUCUGACUGGAGGUUUGUCCGCUCUCGGGAGCUGUCGGGGCGGGUUCCCGUCCGUCUCCGUUGGCGUCCGGUCCUGCUUCUUUGGUUUCCUCAUUGUGUCCUUCCUUCCGCUUCUGCUCUUCUCAGGUUUCCUGAUCCCAGCUCCUGGGUUCAGGUCCCCCUUCUCUGCCGGUGUGAGCACCCAGAGCUCCGAGCGUCCCGGAGACUAUGGUCCCUGUGCUCUCCUUCCCGUGCCGGUCGGGAUCGUCUCUCGUUUCUUGCUCGGGGUCGUCUUUUACCUGCUGGGUUGCGCGCAGCAGUGUUGUCUGAUCUCCGUGUCGUCGGGGUUCCCUUGGGUUCUUGGCCCUCACCGGCCGCGGUUCUGUUGCGGCUGGAGGACACUGUACCCACCUGCACAGCUGGCGGCGCGCGCCUUCCCCACGGACGGGCGUCCGCUCUGUGCGGUCGGACCCGCAGUGUGGGGGCCCGUGUUCAGGCCGUUGGCAUCUUCACUGCUCUUGGUGGUUCGGUUGUUCAGUUUUGAGCUCCUUUAUCACUUCCGGAGAGAACGCACCGACCUCCCUCCUGUCCUUGUGGGAUGGUUUGUUUCUCCCUUUAACUCCGUCAGGUUUUGCUUGAUGCACUUGGAAGCGCCCGUCGUGCGCAGCUGUAGCUGCUUGGUUCCCUGGCGAGCGGCUGUGUGUCCCGCUCGGACGUCUCCCUUACCCGGUCAGGUCGGAGCACACUCUUGUACUGUUGUCUGUCCCGUCUGUCUUUGUUCUGGUAGCCCCGUCCUUCUGAGUGGUCGGGGUGGUUUCCAAGCGUCCCCUGCCAUCUGCUCAUCGGCCCCGUGGCUGGCUCGUACUGCAUGCCGGGGCCGCUCCAGCCUGUCCUCGCCUGCUUAGCGCCCAGACUGCACCACGCCGGGAAAUGCAGGCAGUUCGCACCCAAACACAGUCCCUGCAGUCCCGUCCUGAUCCUACACUUUCACGUGUGGGCCCUCUGCCUGCAUUAAACACCCAUGCAUGAUACUAUAAAUCAGAGUGAUACUAUAAUUCAGUCUUUCUUGCUAUAAUAUUUAAUUUGGGGGGCGCCUGGGGCUCCAUCAGUUAAGCAUCGACUCUUGAGUCCAGCUCAGGUUGUGAUUUCAGGGUCCUGGGAUUGGGCCCACAUCAGGCUCUGCACUCAGUAGGGGUCUGCUUGAGAGUCUCUCUCCUCCUGCCCCUCUCACAGUGAAAAGCUCUCACUCGCUUUUCAAUAAAAUAAGUCUUUAAAACAAUAAAGUUAAAAGAAAAGGAGGUGGUCUUGUGCAUUCAGUUUCUGUUGCCGCCCCCCAUUCCUAAAGAUCCGGAUUUCCCUCUGGUGCCAUUUUACUCCACCUGGAGAACUUUCUCCAGCAUUUCCGGUAGAGUGGGUAGAGCGGCGUGACGUCUGCUUUUUCCGUCAUCUGAGCCUGUCGCGUUUCACUCCCUCCUGAAAGGUGUUGUCACCAGGUGUGUGAAGCUGGGCGCGGGGCCCUUUCGGGACUCUAAACACAGCAUUCCAGGAUGGCUUCAUGCUGCAUGGGGUCCUGGAUCUGGCUCUGGAAAAGAGAAAGCGAUGUCAGUGGGGAAACGUGAAAGUCAGAUGCCAUCUGGAGUUUAAUGAAAGUACCCAAGCUGGCUUUUUAGUUUGGACAAACGUACCCAGGUCAUGUAGGAUGCUGAUACUGGGGGAAACCAGCUAAGAGGUAUGUGGGAGUAUCUUUCACGUUUUUGUGAAUCUAAAAUCAUUACCAGAUAGGGGCGCCUGGGUGGCUCUGUCCAGUAAGCAUCCGACUCUUGGUUUUGGCUCAGGUCACGAUCUCAAGGGUCUCGAGAUCAAGUCCUGCGUCAGGUUCCACGCUGGGCAUGGAACCUGCUUGGGAUUCUCUCCCUCUGCCCCACUCCUGCACAGAGGCACAUGCUACACACUCCACGCGCUCUCACAUACAUACAAUAAUGCCCAAGUAAAAGUUUGCUUUAAAACAGUGCACUUACGGCACGGUAACAGGAGGGUAUCCCUGCGGGGGAAGGUUUGGCCGCGAUGGGGACUGAGCCAACAAACAAACAUGUCAAAGAUGUUGGAAGCCAGGACUCUGGCAGUCAGAAUGAGGUUGUCGAGACCGAAAACUAGCAUGAGCCCUGUGGUGUGCCAUCGGGGCAUAGUGUGAACUCAUGGUUUCCUGCGGUUGCUGCGCUCCCGCUGAGGGGAUGGGCAUAGCAGGCCGGGGCGGCGGGAGGGCGUGUGUGCGUGUGUGCACCUUCGUCUGCUCUCGGUCCCGCUGAGCCUGCAGGCAGCAGCACCCCAGCAGCCUGCCGCAUGCACGGGGCUUCCGAAUCCCAUCCUCCACCCGAAGCAGCUAGGGCUGCUUGAGUCAAGGCUGGCCCCGGGUCACCUGGGGAGGGUGUGACGCGAGCCCAGAACAUUUUGUGUCACGAAGCAGGAAAGUGCUCUGAGACUGAUGGGUUGCCGCUCUGGCCAAGCUGAAGACCGUUUGAAGAUCAAAAAUAAAUAAAUCACAGAGUUGGGCUCACUGACUAAAAUAAGAAGCACGAGCCCAUGGGAAUGAAUAAACAGGAAGCUUAGGAGGACAGAGGGGGCCGGCAGGGACCCCCGAGGGCUGGAGCUCGAAGCACGGCAGGAAGGGACCAAGGAAACCCAGUCCUCCACGGGGCUCGCGGGACAUUCUUGUCACAAGGGGAGUGGCCGUCAAAGGGGACACAGACAAGCCGAGAGACGCCUGUCCUGUGGCCGUGCAGGUGUCGCGGGCACGAGAGCCAAGGAAAGGCUGGAGAACGUUCCAGGCUAAAGAAGCCGAAGACCCUGCGGAGGGGGCUGUGAGCAUGGCUGGUGGCCUUCGUGCAGAGGUCGCCCGGCUCCGUAGGGGGUGAUGCCCUUGGGCGCAGGGAGUCCCCAUGGGGUGUUCUGGGCUGGGGCGGGGGGAGGAAGGUCGGCAGCUUCCCUGCAGGUUGUUUUGGGAAGGAAAGAGCCCUCCCCCCCAAACUCCCGCUUUUCCGUAACUGCGACUGUUUCCAAAUGAGAACCAAAUUUUUUAGUGCCUUGCUAAGAGAGAAAUUCCCACAAAGGAUGUGCCUCUAACAGGCAGAACGUGAGAUGUGGAGCAGGAGGCGCAUGAGGGACGUCUAAGGAAAACCGAAUUCUGUUCCUCUGCUGUGUUAAACACGUAGUGGCUUUAUAAUGACUUUUAAAAUAUUACACGUACAUUUAUAUUCCUACCUGCACGUACGUUUCACAGCUAGAACGGGAGGAAAGCCUACCCGGUUUUCCUUUUAUGGAAAUGCCCACACAGCGGGGAUGCCUGAGAGUGGGUGGGUAUCAGGCACUCACAGCAAAGGGAGAAGGGGUGUUGCCCCAUGGAGGGCCAGGACCCGGACUGCCUCCCAUCUGUCCUUGGCACCUGUGGGAUGUGUAGCUAUUAUGGGCUGUUGAAUGAACAGGUAACGGUGUGUGUGAGCAGCUCCUGGUUAAGGAGAAGUGGCUCACGUUGACUCAGCAUGCACAUGGGUGGCCUGCUGGGCAUUAACUGGCCUGUCCUCCCAGCCCUGUCCCCUGACAGAUGCACAGGGUGGGGCCGCACACGGAAGGGUGCCCCUGGCUCACACGGGGGAGGAGGGGCGAAGGGGGAAUCACAGCCACACUCCAUACUCGGUAUUCUCACCACCUUCCCGUUCAGCUGGUUUUAAGUGGUACAAACUAACCCAGUAACGUUUGAGUAAUCGGGUGUUUUUAUUUUUAAGCAGUUUUUAUUUGAGGCUCAGAUUUUUUGGUUCAUGUUUCAUUGAUCAGAUAUUUGGAAACGCACAAAGGAGCGUGCAUAUCUGCUGUUAGAGGAGAUUUAACAGUUUACAUGGUCGUCUUGCUCCCAGGUGACAGGCUGAUGAGGGCGGGCGAGCUUUGCCGGCUCAGCUCAAAGCGGUGAGAGACGGAGGACGUCCUGGCCCUCGGUCGGCUGGUGUGUUUUGGCACCACAGGGGGAGACCGCGCCGCGCAGGGCCUGGCCUUGCGUUCCUCCGGCUGCACCUUGAAACCAAGUGUCUGACUUUGCCGAUUUCAUUUUUGUUAGGACGCCAUGGCGCCUUCGAGGCUUCUCGCACUAGGACCGAGGACUGUGCCUGGCGGCGUGGGGCGCUGGACUCAGGUCCGGCUGUGGCCCCCUUCUCCCAGGCUGCUCUCAGACAGCUGUGGGGACCACGCCAAGCACCGGGAACCCCCCGGGAAGAAACUGCUCUCCGAGAAAAAACUGAAGAGACAUUUCGUGGACCACCGCCGAGUGCUCGUCUGCGGGGGCCGUGGCGGCGACGGGGUGAGCUGCUUCCAUAGCGAGCCCCGGAAGGUUGGAGGCCCAGAUGGUGGCGACGGAGGCAACGGUGGCCACGUCGUCCUGAGAGCUGACCGGCAAGUCAAGUCGCUGUCCUCAGUGCUGUCUCGGUACCAGGGUUUCCACGGAGAGUCCGGUGGCAGGAAGAACUGCUUCGGGCGCAGCGGCACCCCCCUCUACGUCCUGGUCCCAGUGGGCACGUUAGUGAAGGAGGGAAAGGAAGCCGUGGCUGACCUGUCGCGCCCGGGUGAUGAGUACAUUGCUGCUCUGGGCGGGGCAGGAGGAAAGGUAACGCUUUUCCUGGCCAAUGAGAACCGCGCACCUGUGACUUGCACCCCUGGGCGGCCCGGUCAAGAACGCGUCCUCUUCCUGGAGCUCAAGACGAUGGCCCACGCUGGAAUGGUUGGGUUCCCCAAUGCUGGGAAGUUCCUCCUCCGGGCCAUUUCGAACGCGAGACCCGCUGUGGCUUCUACCCGUUCACCACUCUAAAGGCCCCACGUUGGGAUUGUUCACUGUGAGACCACCAGCAGAUAGCACCAGAGGCUGGCCCUGGCCGACAUCCCGGGCAUCAUCCGGGGCGCGCACCAGAACCGGGGCCUGGGGAGCGCCUUCCUCAGGCACAUCGAGCGCUGCCCAUUCCUCCUGUUCGUCGUGGAUCUGUCGGAGCCGGAGCCGUGGACGCAGGUGGAGGACCUGAAGUUCGAGCUGGAGAAAUAUGAAGCCGGCCUGUCCGAGCGACCGCAUGUGGUCGUGGGGAAUAAGAUCGUCCCGCAGGCCCGAGCAGCUCUGCCCCAGCUGCGCGCCUGCCUGGGCCCGAGCGUCAUCGCCCUGUCGGCCGCAACUGGGGAGAACUUAGAGGCGCUGCUGCUGCGCCUGCAGGAGCUCCACAGCCAGCACGUGGGUGCCGAGCUCCGCUGGUAGCCACUGGACCGUCACUUAAAAGUGACCACCCUGACGCGGCUCUGGGUGGAGAUAAGAAAGUUGCUGCUUUGCCUUGCGCUGUCCCUGGCGCUCCCUCCCAGCCAGCGGGCCAGGACCUCGGACAUGUCGGACGUGUGCGUCUCCUACUGAUCUGCUCCCACUGGGCCUCCUGCACCUGCCAGCGUGAUGACCACGCUGAGCUGGGCUCCCUGCCCUCCUCAGUACCUCUAAGUGGUGAGGAGCCCGUGGCCGGGCAGCUGAGCCGCCUGACUUGGUGGGCCGAACCCCUUACUGCAUGCGGGACCCCCGCAGCUGGGAGGCACAGACUCCGGAUCCUGACACUGUCAUCGCAGUGCUGGCUGCGGUCCCAGAGGCCGUCCGCCCUACAGAGGGGACAUGAGGACGCUGGGACAGGGAGCCUUCCCAGCCGCAAGGCUCUUCUCAAAUGCCCCUGUCUGAGCAAUGCAGUAGGGCCGACGCCUCCCGUGUUGUUCCCAGACUUGGCUGCUCUGUGCAGGAGUUGUUGGCUUCACGACUGAACGCACCCAAUAUCCGACCGGGGCCGUGCGAGUCAUUAGCUGAGGACGCAGGCGCGUGUCCCCACAUAAGUCUGCAGCUUCAGGCGUGUCCCUGGGGCCCCUUAAGAGACGGUGUGGUUGGGGACCAGGGGUAACCAGGGGAAGGGGCCUUGGGCCCUUUGGGGAUUUGCCCCCCGGGUCCUUGCUGCCAGCUGCGAGCGUGCUGGGGGCUGGGCCUGCCUCAGACAAGAAGCUUGUGUCCGGGCUUUCAGGAGCCGUUCCGUUUUGAUCUACCGUCAAAUCUGCAAAUAGAACGAGAAUCCUUUGCCUGAAGCUUUAUUUAAUGUCUUAUAAUUUCCGAGGUCCUUGUGUUCUGGAAACCAGAGAUGGGUUUUGCAAUCUCUUUGCUCUUUCUGGGGCCACCACAAAGGAUUUCGUAGAGCCGUGUUAAUUAUCGUGGCCUUUCAUCUCCAGCCAGCCCCACGCCGGUGCUGCACCCGGGGGGCGACACUGGGGGCCUCCCUGCGUCUGUCCUGCGCUCACCUGUGCCCCCAGCAGCCUCAGGACCUGACCCAGCUGAGGCACCGCUCAGUAUUUAUGGAGUGAAGAAAGGGAUGGUGUCUGA